GUCGCCCGCCGCAGACGGCGCCCUCGGACGCUUUGCGUCAUCCAAAUCCCCCGGUGCCAAAGCGCCCGGAGCAUCUGCCGGCUCGGCCACAGCGCCGAAGGGGCCACCGGUUCCCGUUGCAGCAGGCCGGGGUACAAUCCCUGUGAAGGCUGCGCCUCCCAAUAUUCCGAAGGCAACCGUGCAGGCCAAGCCGCCACCACCUGGACAUAGUCCAGAGGAGCGCUAUGCAGCAACUGCCAGGCCGAUUGAUACCCGAUAUGGGUCGGGCACAGACCCGGAGGCCUCAGCGAAACCUCGGAGCAUAACACAUCCGAAGAUGGUGCUGCGCCAGAAUGUUGCAACUGCGAGGUUCCAUAACGACAAGCCUACCGACCCACAUGGUCGAGACCUCGUAUUGAUCUCCAAUUGCAUCCAUGGUCCACACCUGGAUACCCCUCGCCCAGGUACCGUGUAUAAUCCGGACCUGGUGUUGCAGCCCUUCUACGUCCUCGACGUCGCCGACGAGUGGGUGACUAGGAUUUCGGAGGAGUGGACCGGCGAUGCUCUAUAUAGACAUCACGAGCAGAUGCUCACCUAUACGGUGACGACAGGCACUUCCCGUACGAGUUUUAUGUUGAUCUACGUCGAUAUGACGUGGCUUGAAGACUACGCUUGGGAGGCCAUGAGCCCGUCUGAAAAGCAGGCGGCGGAUGAACAGCGGAUGAAGAACCGGAAUCACGUAGGCAGUCACCCAGAUAUAUUGCUGGAGUAUGCCAACCACCAGAACUUUGUUGAGAACGCAAAGUACGUUCUUAACAACAUCAAGGAUGCGCAGGAGGCCGGCAUCCAGCAGAUCGCUGUACACACAGUGUGCAAGGUCAACAGACAUAGAUCUGUUGCGGGCGGUAUCUUACUCUUUGACAUGGUUCGCCGCCUCGAGGCAGUCGUGCAAAGGCCGUCUUUAGAAGAGAACGCCGCAUUGGCGGUAGAGCCUGAGACAGCUCGCCCGACAGGGGUGAAGACAUAUGCCGAGCUUUUCAACGAGCAGCAGAUCGCAGCCGGCAACGUGCAGACCCCUAUAACGGGAGUCGGGCCACUCGACCAGCCUCCGAGGCCAGGAGAGACUGCCACUCAGGCCGCGACUCGCAUGGGGCUGGCAGGCAAGACCCACACAUCGUAUGUGGCGAAGUAUAAUCCCGAUAGCCUAACCGGUGCUAUGAAUCGCACCGCGAACGCGCCGAAAGGGGCGCCGGUGCCUUCUGUGACCUUUACUACAAAUAUGGGUCCACCUCCUGAGGUUAAGGCCAAGGCUAGUGGCAGCAAGGCACCGCCAGCUACAAAGGCUGAGGCAGCAAGGCCGCCCACAGUGGCGAGUGAACCCGUUCAAGUCAAAGCAGCACCUUUUCCAUCCGCCACAGUGCGUGCCUUGGAAGCGCAGAUCAAAGAUCUGCAGGAUGCCAACCAUAUGUUGGAAACCACAGCCGACGACCUCCGCAACACUCUACAUGAGGUUCGCAGGCAGCACGAUGAGGCAUGGGAUGAUCUCGACGAAACGC